CAUGUGACGAGUCAUGUGACAGUGAAAUAGUCGAAGCUGUUGUUUUCUAACUCAGCUCAGAUUCCUCACACUGGAAUCACCAUGAGGAGCAGGUUAUCCACCACAAUGCUGUCCUGGGUCAUUACAAUAUGCCUGCUGGCCUUUGCCUCUAGCAAACCAUGUGAAAAUGAAGCAUCCAACAAUGAGCUUCUCCUGUCACUCAACAAGGAUCUGCUGCGCUCUCUGGGGAGGCAGGAAGGACUCCCCAACCCCAGUGUGCACUUGGCUUUACGCAUUUCCAGCUACCACAACCUUGCCAAGGAGAGCGAGCACCUAAUUAGACUGAACACCCAGUUGCACAAUGACCUACAAAACUCUCUCUCUAGCAGUCCGGCUGUGGUCGGCCUCUUGGCGCUGUACACUCUGGCUUUGAAAGCCUCCUGCUACGACCUCAACACAGUUACCUUCACCGUCAGCGACACCAGUGAGACGCUGCUGACACACCUGAAGAAGCAGAUGGAAAAAGAAAAAGAGCGUCUUGCCUACAUCCACCGCCCUUUGACCAACUAUUACCAGUACUCUCUGGGUGUGCUCGCUCUGUGCACCAGUGGCAUCAGGGUCAACGACCAUGUCAGCAACAAACUCAUCAAGGCGGUGGAACACCAGUACUUUAAAAAUGGAGAUGCUGAGUGCAUCGAUACCUAUGCAAUGGCUGGGAUGGCACUUCAGUGUGUGAAGGACACUGGCUUCCAUGUGCGAAACGCUGCUGAGCUCAACACAGCCCUGGACAAAAUCAAGCGGAAGCUUUUGGCCUCUAGGCGGGCCGAUGGCCAUAUUGGGAAUGAGUUCAGCACAGGUCUUGCAGUCCAAGCCUUGUUGGCAAUGGGCAGCCCGGUUGCAGAGUGUGCAGCCUCAAUGGAGGCCAUGAGGACAGACGCCAGAAGCAACACCUACCACAACCCCAUGGCCAUAUCUCAGAUCCUGCCAGCUCUCCAGCAGAAAUCCUACCUGACAGUAAAAAACAAGGAGUGUCUCAACGAGGAUGACACUCUGGUGCUGGAGCCCGUAGACCCUGUGGUGGUUUUACCAAGUGACACCAAAGUGGCUGUGAUAGUGGAAGUGGUGACGUCCAGCGGGGAAGCAGCUCUUUACUCUGUCGAUGUGGCAAAGGGCAGCUCUCUGUUGGAGGCCCUGGAACUUCUCAAAGGGAGAGAAGUCGGCUUCAUGUUUGAGAAUGAGUCCAGCCUGUGGGGACCUUUCUUAAGUGUGGUGAACGGAGAGCAGGCCAGACAGAGUGACCGCAGAUACUGGCACCUCUCCUCUGAUGGCACCGCACUCAGUCAGGGUAUCAAUGACUUCAAGAUUGAGGCGGCUCAGAAGAUCACCAUCAAAAACACCAGCUACUGAGAAAAAUCGAUUCACUCUUAGGUUUCUUUCCAUCAUUUGUCAUUUCAACCAGUGAUAAUACUUCAACAGUCUCAGAUGUGCUGCAUUUCGAUUAACCUUGAAUAAAACUGUCGUGUAAUUUAGACUGAACAAACUUCUGUAUGUGAUUUGUCAAAUCAUGUUCUUAUAUAAUUUAGCCUUUUUUUUAAGUAGUGAUGGCUUUUUAAAUAAAGAGUUUCUGGAGGUUUGUGGACUUUUUUGUUUUUAAAAAUAAACAUAAAUUAUAUAUACAA